GAGAGAAGGAGGGAAGAGAGAGAAACAGAAAGGCGGGAAGAGGGGGAGGGUGAGCAAGUUGGGCGAUGGUGGAGGUAUUGAGGUUAAGCCCAUGCCUUGGAAUCUAUGUGUAAGGGCUAGGGUUUCAGACAAUCUCCAAAACAAGUAAUGGCUUAUUCUUCAUCGGGUACUUGGCAGCAAAAGAUUCGAAUCAUGCCGCAUCGAUAGAUUUGUCAGUUUUACCGGUAUUGAGUGAUCAUUAGAGCUCAUGCUAUGAGUACUGUCACCAACAACAUAUUAUUUUGAAGCUCCUCAAUUUUAUCUUAAGAAGGUUGUCGUGGACAAGCUUACAACGUCAUAUGUUGCAGAGAAUCACCUGGGUAUUGGUGUCAAAACACGAUAUUCCUCCCUCAUUAUAAACAACGAAGUGAACAGAAGAAGUAGCUUUAGCAUGCUACAAGGACUAUAUACUUGGAGGUACUCUACCUGUUUGUGAAACAGUAUGAAGCUUGAAGACUUUUUUACCUUGACCGAGAUGAAGGAUGGGCUCACUGCCCUUGCUAGAGUUGAAGAGCUAAUCUCCAUAAUGCAGAAGGAGAAAGAUUCUGUUCUGAAGAAUGUCAGAGAGGCAGCAAGACAGUGGUCCACUGUUGCAAGUACCUUAGCAGCAACAGAGAGUAAGGACUGCCUUGAUCGUUUUGUUCAGCUAGACGGACUCCACUUCCUUGACCAUUGGCUUCAGGAGGUGCACAAAUGUAGUGAUGAAAUCAGUGAUAGUUUUGCGGAAGAGUCAAUCACUUCACUUUUAUCAGCACUUGAGAAGCUGCCCAAAGACAAGGAGAGAUUAAUUUCUUCUGGCAUCAAUGUGUCUGUGAAGGAUCUUUUUGGCCACAAGAGCACAAGGGUUCAAGAUAGGGCAAGAGCUCUAUUUGAAGGUUGGAACCAGGUAAGGGAUGAUGAUGCAGAUCACCAAGAUAUUGGGAAACGUGGGGCAUGCCUGGAGGAUGAGAUUACAGCUAGUGCAAAAGGAACUGCAGAGAGUGGAUGCCCAGAACAGUCAGAUGCCAGCGCUUCUCCUUUGAUAGGAAGUGCUGAUGAGGAUAAGCAUUUAAUAGAGCCUUCUGGUGGUGAAUUUCAGCGCUUACAAAGUUCCGAUGGUUCUCAUUAUCGUAGUGUUGAAGAUGCAAAGUUCCACAUGUCUACAAAUCAGCAUACCUCUCUUGUACCUUCGAACCACGCAGAUCAGGAUGGAUUUCAAGUAUGUGCUCUGGAAGGCCAAUCUAUUGCAGAAGAAUCCUCUUUACAUCCUGCAGAAAAAACAGCCGGCACUGGGACAUGCAGUUCUCCAGUUCUGCUGAAAGGUACUGCCGAGGGCAAGUCCUCGGAUAUUCUAGAGCUGAAAGAUGCUGCAGAGGAUGGGAAAGAAACAGAUGGGGAGAAAGGUAGCCAAGAUAAUUCUGGUAGAGAGGAAACUGUUUCUGUUUCUACCUCAUUGGGGUCCAAAUGUAUUUCGUCAACCGCUAAUCAUCUGCAGUCUGUGAUGGAACCUGCUGCUGAAGAAACACUACUUUCUGAGGUAAAGGAUGUGUCUGUUGAUGAUGGGUUGCUCAAGCAUUCCAGAAGUACAGAAGAUUUCAAUACUGCAGGUCAAGGCGAUGAAUGUCUUUCUAAUAGUUCACAGGACUUUCAUAGUGACAGGCAUAAAUUGAGGAGGGCAGAGAGCCUGGAGACUUCCUUCUGCAGGGUUGAAGAUGUUGGAGCCGUAUCCAAUGUUAAAGAUCUUGCUGGUGAGUCUAGUUCAAAGGUAUGCAGAAGAGAGGAAUUGGCAAUCCCUGCUGAUGUCCCCAAACUGAAGAGGGAUGCAAAAGCCUCUGGAAAGAUAGAAAAGAGAAAAUCAGAAAUGGAACUUGAGUAUGGAAUGGAUGAUGCAUUAGAAUUGGCUCGGCAAGUUGCUAAGGAAGUGGAGAGAGAGGUAGUGGAUAACAGAGAACCAUUCUGCAGCUCCUCUUCUGAGAAAAAUUCUGAAGGUGGAGUAGUUCUGCCUGGUAGUCCUGAUUCCAUAAAUGAUGAGAAGGACCAACUCAUGACAGGGCCACAACAUGAUGUGCCAACCGGACACAAUCUUUCUUGUGGGGCCUCUUCUCCAAAGGAGGAUGAGAGUUUAAUGAGUUCAAAGGAUGUUGACACCAAACUAGAAAAGCGUACACAAGACCCUGGGUCCUCCCAAGUGAAUGAGGCCGCUCAAGAAGCAGCAGGUAACAGUGAAAGGAGCCCGUGUGGUUUUGAUCUUAAUGAGGAAGUCUGCUCAGAGGAAAUGGCUAGCUCACCAACUCCCAACUCUGCCCCUAUUGCUGUAUACACAACAAAAGCAACAGCAGCUACUGCAAUUCCUGCAGCUCCUUUGCAUUUUGAGGGGGUUUUGGGAUGGAAGGGCUUUUCUGCAACCAGUGCUUUCCGUCGCCCAGCUCCGCGCAAGACUCCAGAUGGUGAGAAGACUCUCUCGGUUGAAGGGAGCAGCCACAGUUCCAAGUACAGACAAGAUGUCCUUGAUAUCGAUCUGAAUGUGGAUGGGGCUGAUGAUGAUGCUAUCACAGACCCAACUUUUGCAAAACAAAACCCCGAGUCCUCGAGUCUCCCUUCUGGAGAAUCUUCUGUCGAGGUAAGUUCAAGAAGAGCAGAGAGGCUUAAGUUGGACCUUAAUCGUUCUGGUGACAAUGAAGAUGCUCCUUUAUCUGAUUCAAGGAUGGAAGGCCAGUUCCUUCACCACCACAGAAACGGGCAUCGAAGUCCAUCCCCUGCCUCAUCAUCAUCAUCAAGGCAGCCUCCAGUGAGAAACUUUGAUUUGAAUGACAGCUCGUAUUUCUUUGAUGAUACUUAUGAUCAGCGGAGGCUUGGUAAAUCACCUUGCGAAGACAUGAAUGGACACACAGGUUUUAAGGUGGAUGAUCAUUUCAUGAUAAUGGGAAAGAAAGUGGACGUCAACCUAAAAGAUUGUACACCUCAAACUCGUUCCUUCAUACCAAAUGGGCAGGUUGGUGAAUCCUUGAUGGAGACUGGCAUGGCGAGAUCUGGUGGUGGUGUUAUGGCAUCCCCAGCAAUUGCUCACACAGCCUCACCUUCUCGGUUGUUUGGGUACGGUGGCCUGACAGCAGGGCCCUCCAUGUCUGUCACACCAGCAGUGUAUGGGCCUAGCAAUGGUCCGUACAUGGUAGAUUCUAGAGGGGCUCCUGUUUUACUGCAGAUAAUGGGCUCCCCGGCAGCUGAUCCACCUUCCUAUUCCCGAGGGUCUUUCUUUACCAGCAUGCCAUCAGGUUUGAAUGGGGUUGGGCCUUCACAAUCUGGCAUUGAUCUCAAUUCAGGCUUGAUGAUGGUUGAGGGCAGUGAGAGCAGGGAAGCAGCAGGGGGUUUGAGGGAGCUGUUUGUUCAGGGGCAGGGUGGGUCUGUGGAGGAGCAGAUGAGGUCUGCCUCACUGCCUAUGAAUUCAAGGGUGGGAAUCAGGCGGAAGGAACCCGACGGUGGGUGGGAAUCAUAUCCGGUUGGUUAUAAACGGCAAGCACCAUGGAAUUAGAAAGUUUUGUAUUGUUUACCCAAGGCUCGCUUAAUCCUUUGGGAGGAGCUCUGCCUUUUUAGGAAAGGAUAACAGAAAAAGGUGCUUACAUUACCAGAGAUGGUGCAGAAGAUAGAUGAGCCCAUUGGCUUAUGUGGAAGGGACGUAGUUUAAACUUUAAACUGAAUAAGGCUAGAGGAUGGAUGGAUGGAUUGGCAAGCAAGAGAUGGGAGGAGUCGGUGGGAGAGAGGGGGGGAGAGGGGGGGGGGGCGCUUUAGUGUAGGCUUGAUUGUUCAUUUUUAUUCUUAUUUAUUUUCUUGUUUAUUUUUCAGUUCUUCAUAGAAGGCCAUUACAACCAGAAAGGGGAAGAAUAGCUGGGUCACCUUGUCUCUCUGUAAAUCUCUCAUAAAUAUCAACAGGAAAUGAAAGAAUUGGGUUAUCAUUUACUCGGUAUUUGCUGUCUAUGCCUUGUAACUCUCCUGAAGCCAACUCAUUGUACAGACUGUCACAUUCAUUCUGGGGAAAUAGAGAUUCUAGGCGUUC